AUGUUCGUGACCCUUGUUCGGCCACGUCUCGUGCGAUACACUCAAUCUAUCAAAGAAAACAUUUACACGCUGCCGAACUUGCUGACAGCGUCGAGAAUCCUCGCCUGUCCGGUGUUGGGAUGGGUGAUCAUCCACGACGAGUUCGGCUUCGCGACUGCUCUGCUGGUGUACGCCGGUCUUACUGAUAUGGUGGAUGGCAUCCUUGCCCGACGAUACAAGAUGUUCUCCGUCCUCGGCACCAUCUUGGAUCCGGCCGCAGACAAGGCUUUGAUGACCACUCUCACCAUAACUCUGGCCAUAAAGGGCAUGAUACCAGUACCGCUGGCAGCGAUCAUUCUUGGCCGCGACGUCCUGCUCAGCUUGUCUGCGUUCUAUAUCCGCUACAAGACCCUUCCUCCUCCGAAAACGUUUCGCCGAUAUUGGGACCUUUCUCUUCCUUCUGCCGAGGUACACCCCACUGCAAUCAGCAAGGUCAACACUCUUCUGCAACUGAUGCUGAUGACUGUCACGACUAUAAGCCCAUUGCUUCCAUUCGACCUUGCUCCCGCUCUACAAGGGUUUCAAUGGAUCGUUGCAACGACGACUAUAUGGAGCGGGGCAUCCUACCUCUUCUCGAAAAACGCAGUCCGCAUUGUAGCCGCGAAACGGAAGCCACCUCCAUAG